CUCCGCCGUUGGCCGCGGGCGGCUCGCGCGCACCUGCUCGCCGGGCCCGCCGCCGGUCGCGCUCCCGGCGUUCUCGCCGCAGAAGUUGAGGGUCCUGUGGGACUUGGGGUACCAACUCCCCAGCUCCGGGAUGGCGUCGGAGCUGAGCUAACUCUGUUUCUCCUUGGACCAAGAUGACUGAUGGAAGCCCUGCCAGCUCUACCAAUGGCGUGGCUCUGAUGGGCAUUCUGGACGGUCAGCCAGGAAACCACAUUCAGAACCUGCAGCACGUGAACCUCAAGGCCCCCAGAUCCCUGUCGCUGUCCGAGUACGGGCCCAAGCUGAGCCUCGGGGCACUGGACCAGCACAGCCUGCAGUCAGUGGACUCUGGCAUCCCGACCCUAGAGAUCAGCAACCCGGAGCCCGUGCCCUGCAGUGCGGUCCACGUGAAGAGGAAGCCGCCCGAGUCGGAGGCAGUCCCUGAACGGGCCUGCCACAGUGCGUGCCCCCUGCCCUCCUACGCACCUCCGGGCCCCGCCAGCUCCGAGCGGGAGCAGAGUGUGCGGAAGUCCUCCACGUUCCCCAGGACGGGCUACGACUCGGCGAAGCUCUACAGCCCCACCUCCAGAGCUCUGAACCGCAGCGACGAUGUCUCCGUCUGCAGCGUGUCCAGUCUCAGCACAGAGCUGUCCACUACGCUGUCCGUCAGUAAUGAGGACAUCUUGGACCUUGUGGUCACGAGCAGCUCCAGUGCCAUUGUGACCCUGGAGAAUGACGAUGACCCACAGUUUACUGACGUCACCUUGAGCUCCAUCAAGGAAACCCAUGACCUACACCAGCAGGACUGUGUGGAUGAGGUUGCGGAGGGAAGUAAAUUGAAGAUAUUGGGACCGUUCAGUAACUUCUUCACCAGGAAUUUGCUUGCUAGAAAACAAAAUGCAAGACUUGACAAACAAAAUGACUCGGGAUGGAAGUUAUUUGGAAAAGCGCCGCUCCGAGAGAAUGCUCAGAGAGAGCCAAAGAAAAUGCAAAAGGAAUAUGAAGACAAGGCGGGACCACCUUGCAAGCCACCCUCCCCGAAGCAGAAUGUGAGGAAGAACCUCGAUUUCGAGCCGCUGUCCACCACCGCGCUCAUCCUGGAAGACAGACCGGCAAACCUCCCGGCGAAGCCAGCCGAGGAAGCCCAGAGACACAGGCAGCAAUACGAAGAGAUGGUGGUUCAGGCCAAAAAACGAGAGCUGAAGGAGGCCCGGCGGAGAAAGAAGCAGCUGGAGGAGAGGUGCAGGCUGGAGGAGAGCAUCGGGAAUGCGGCCCUCACGUGGAACAAUGAGGUCCUGCCCCACUGGGAGACCGUGUGGUGCUCAAGGAAAGUGCGAGACCUGUGGUGGCAGGGGAUCCCUCCCAGCGUGAGAGGCAGAGUCUGGAGCUUGGCCAUCGGCAACGAGUUGAACAUCACCCAUGAGCUCUUCGACAUCUGUCUUGCCCGAGCCAAGGAGAGGUGGCGGUCCUUCAGCGCGGGUGGCCCUGAGUCGGAGAGCGAAGAUGCUGGGUUUUCAGCUGCGGACAGAGAGGCUAGCCUGGAGCUUAUUAAACUGGACAUUUCUAGAACAUUCCCUAACCUCUGCAUCUUCCAGCAAGGUGGCCCGUACCACGACACGUUGCACAGUAUUUUGGGCGCUUACACUUGUUACCGACCGGAUGUGGGCUAUGUCCAGGGCAUGUCCUUCAUUGCCGCAGUGCUGAUCCUGAACUUGGACACUGCGGAUGCCUUCAUUGCGUUUUCCAACCUUUUGAAUAAACCCUGCCAGAUGGCGUUUUUCCGGGUGGACCACGGCCUUAUGUUGACUUAUUUUGCUGCAUUUGAGGUAUUCUUUGAAGAAAAUUUGCCGAAAUUAUUUGCUCAUUUCAAGAAAAACAACUUAACUCCAGACAUCUACCUGAUUGAUUGGAUCUUUACCUUGUACAGUAAGUCUCUGCCCCUGGACCUGGCCUGCCGCGUGUGGGAUGUGUUCUGUCGCGACGGGGAGGAGUUUCUGUUCCGCACGGCGCUGGGCCUCCUGAAGCUGUUCGAGGACAUCCUGACCAAGAUGGACUUCAUCCACAUGGCCCAGUUCCUCACCAGGCUGCCCGACCGCCUGCCCGCGGAGGAGUUGUUCGCGUCGAUCGCGACAGUGCAGAUGCAGAGUCGGAACAGGAAGUGGGCUCAGGUGCUGACUGCAUUGCAGAGGGACACCCGGGACGUGGAGAAAGGAAGCCCAUCUCUCAGACACUGAGGUGCGGCAGGCUGGCGCUGGGCACCGGAGGAGGCCUCCCGGCGGCACCUGUGCUGUUCAGGACGGACACGCUGGCAGCUGAGGACGGGCCGUCGCCGAGUCUGAUCCCUGAUGCUGGAGUUGGC